AUGAAAACCCAAGUCCUGAACCUUCAAGCCCAAACACCGAUUGCCAGGCGUUUCGCCCACAACUCGGACGGCUCACUGUCCUUUGCGGACGGCACCUCCCAGGAGAUCUACUUGGAUGCUGACUGGAGGCAGCCAUUUACAGUGGCGCCGUGGAAGCCCGUCACCAGUGGCGGCAAGGAGCUGUACCCCUUCAGUCUCAGCUACUGGCCACUCCCCGGGAGGAGACCUCCCAGGGAGACAGGUGCAGAGGGCCCCCCAGCAGCGCGGCGGACGCUGAUGCUUGCGGCGCCGAGCGUGGGAGCACGAAAGAGGUGGCUGACCACUCUGGCGAGGAAGGUGGGUUCGAUGCAGCUAAGGCCUUCCGCAACAUUUGGAGAGAUAGGGGACUGCACCGUUGACCAUCCCAAGAAGCGCUUCGUGCAGCUGGGGCAGAUGCAGACCAAGAAGAUCAAACCCGACGAGAGGCAGGUUUUCCGGCUACCGCCUGCAAGGACAGAGCUCUGGCAGGCCAGUUCUUCCUUGAGCGUCGUGCGCGACCUUUAUGACGGUUAUGCCGCAGACCCCCUCACAGCGUCCGUGCGGGCACUCAAGAGUCGGUCGGCCAGCGGCCACACGAGCCCGACCGCGCCCGACGAGUUCAUGUCUCACUAUCUGGAGAAGCAGGCAGCUAUCGAGAGCCUCCUCCACAGCAGCCAGUGGAAGGCCAUCGAGCAGCGCGCACGUCCGGAGCCGCAGGUGGACGAGAGGCGCCCAGAGGACGCCCAGGACGCGGUGGCUGCCUCCGCAGCCGCCGAGGAGCAGGUGCUGGAGCCGCAGGAGGUGCCACGGCCUGUGAAGCCAUCCCGAUUUGAGAUCCUGGCACGGACGGCCAACACCAAAGUGGAGGGGGCCGUCCUCGAAAACAAGGAGUGGAGCGGCGCCGCGCUCUUCGCGAGGGCCGUAGCCGAUGAUCCGUCCUUCGAGCUCUCCGUGCAGCUACAGAACAGCCCGAAGACGCACCCGAUCUUCAUCGGCAUGGCGCCUCCGGAUGCUGACCUCUGUCAGGCCAACUUCUUCUCCUCCUGCGGGGGAGUGUUCCUCUGCUUGGGCGGCCGCGCCUCGGAUGGCAAGCUCGGGGCACUCGGCGCACCCGGAGGGCCCUUCGUCCAGGGCUUCGGCUACCGCCUGGUUGCGGAUUUGCCUAAGGGCCACAUCGGCUGCACGGUUCAGGUAAACUACACCGAGGCGGUCGACUCGGAUGGCAAGCUCUUGGGCCACGUGUGCUUCAUGGUGUCGGACGGCCGAGGCCGACUGCAUCAGCACAAGCCCCAGCUGCGCCAGCCCCUGCACAGCAAUGUCGGCUGGCUUCCCUGUCUCCUCCUGUGCAAUCCGGACACGCGCGUCUGCGUCAAGCAUCUGAAAUGA